AGGACGAGGCGGCGGACGAGCCGGUCGGUGGUUGCCGGGGCCGCGCGGCCGGAAAACGAGGAGGGCGGGGCCGCUGUGGGACCGCGGCGACGACACACCGAGAGAGCGAGCGAGCGAGCGCCUGGGCCUGAGGGCAGCGAUGCUGUGGUUCCAGGGCGCCAUUCCGGCGGCCAUCGCGUCUGCUAAGAGGAGCGGCGCGGUCUUCGUGGUGUUCGUGGCAGGUGAUGAUGAGCAGUCUACACAAAUGGCUGCAAGCUGGGAAGAUGAGAAAGUGGCAGAAGCAUCUUCAAACAAUUUUGUUGCUAUUAAAAUUGAUACCAAAAGUGAAGCCUGUCUGCAGUUUUCACAAAUUUACCCUGUAGUGUGUGUCCCGUCCAGUUUCUUCAUAGGAGACAGCGGAGUCCCUUUGGAAGUAAUAGCAGGGAGUGUUUCUGCAGAUGAACUUGUUACAAGAAUUCACAAAGUCCGACAAAUGCACUCAUCAAAAGGUGAAACAUUAGUGACAAAUGACAACCAGUCAGAAAGUUCAGUAUCUACCCCGUCAGCCUCAUUUGAACCUAAUGACGUAUGUGAAACUACUAAGUCCAGGAAUGCAGAGCUUUGUGAGACACCGGCCACUUCUGACACAAAGUUGGAUACUGCAACAGGAGGAGAAUGCUCAGGUCAUGACAACCCCUCCCAGGAGCCUCAUGGCUGUUCAAACCAGAGACAAGCAGAGGAUCUCACUGUCAGAGUGGAAAGACUAACAAAGAAACUUGAAGAAAGAAGGGAAGAGAAAAGGAAGGAAGAAGGACAGAGAGAAAUUAAGAAGGAAAUUGAAAGGAGGAAAACUGGGAAGGAAAUGUUGGAUUAUAAAAGAAAACAAGAAGAGGAGUUAACAAAAAGAAUGUUAGAAGAAAGAAGCAGAGAAAAGGCAGAAGACAGAGCGGCUCGAGAGCGCAUCAAACAGCAGAUAGCACUGGAUCGUGCAGAGAGAGCUGCUCGUUUUGCAAAGACAAAGGAAGUAGAAGCCGCCAAAGCUGCUGCCUUGCUAGCCAGACAACAGGCAGAAGCAGAAGUUAGGAGGGAGACUUCUGCUCGAGACAGAAGCACGGUUGCAAGAAUUCAGUUCCGGCUGCCUGAUGGCUCUUCCUUUACAAAUCAGUUUCCUUCCGAUGCUCCGUUAGAAGAAGCCAGGCAGUUUGCUGCACAGACUGUUGGCAACACCUAUGGUAAUUUUUCGCUAGCUACCAUGUUUCCCAGGAGGGAGUUCACCAGGGAAGACUAUAAGAGGAAGCUGCUGGAUCUGGAGCUCGCCCCCAGUGCCUCUGUGGUGCUGCUGCCGGCAGGACGGCCAGCCACAUCCAUUGUCCAUUCUUCCAGUAGAGACAUUUGGACAUUACUGGGGACGGUGCUUUAUCCAUUCCUGGCCAUAUGGAGACUAAUUAGCAAUUUUUUAUUUAGUAAUCCUCCUCCUGCACAGACUUCAGCAAGAGCCACAUCCACAGAGGCUUUAAACCCUACAUCAUCCAAAAAGUCAGAGAAAAGGGAACCAGUCCGAAAAAGAGUGCUGGAAAAACGGGGGGAGGACUUUAAAAAGGAAGGGAAAAUAUACAGACUGAGGACUCAGGAUGAUGGCGAAGAUGAGAACAACACUUGGAAUGGAAACUCUACGCAGCAGAUGUAGUAUAGCGAGCACAGUGUGUACAAUCAUCACUGUUUCCCUUAGGAUUCCAUCCGCUAGACUUCUGCUGGAGAAGUGGGUCUGCUUAUGUUUUCAGAACAUGUAUAGUCUUUAUUUCUGCUUAGAGGUUAUGAGUUAAAGCUGUUUAACCUGAAAAAGUCAAACAUGAAACAGCUGGAUGCUGGGUCUUUGUAUAGGUAACCAGCUGCUCGCCCAGCCACCUACCAAUUCCUACUCAAACUUUACAGCCCUCUAGCCUAAUGUUUCAUUUAGAAUACUUUUUGCUGCAAGACUUUUAAGCCACAUAACAUAAUUGGUAUGUCACUGGGUAAUCUGACCCUAGAGCACUUCAACUAGCUGAUCAAGUGAUAACCGAUGUUUAGCAUUUCUCUUUGCACUCACCAGCUGCAAACAAAAUCUUGUAGUUUUUGGUCCUACUUAAACCUUGAAUAAAAAGUUUUCCAAAAAUGAGAAUAAUCUUAUUUUUGCUGUGCAUCUUUCUGUUGUGCAGGGCUGUGUCGAGGUCACUUUUGUCUGACUUUUCUCCUCCAGUGCUGCCCUGAAGAUGUCAGCAAAAUAGCUGGCUACCUUCCUUUCAAAAAAGAAAAAUCCAGGGACUCUAGAUCUUAAUGGACUCCAGGUCUCAAGUGUCCUAGGUCACUGAGGCAUUUGUUUUAUAAUCUGUUCUCAUCGAUGUGGAACAGAUUAGUUUGCACACUCACGUUUGUACUAGUUUCACAUUCAGUAAUCACUUCUAGGACUCAAGUGUAGGAUUAGAGUAGAGUGCAAAGACACAGCUUCCUGCACUGUGGAAGACAUGCUCUAACUUACUGCUGCUUCCACCAAAAGUCAGAGAGAUUUCAAACAUGGGGUAUGUAUGACCAUUCCUCUGUUCUUAGAGUGCCUGUGUGUCAGGGAAGCCUGACUGGGACUUGUGAUAGGAGGAACUUUCUCCCAUGUGGGUUAAGAGGCUUGUGAGACAGUAGUGCUGGUAGGAAGCAUCUGAAAACAUGCCCAGAACUUUAAAUGUUCCAUACUUUGACACAGUAACUUUUUCUAAGUAGUGAUCAUCAUUGCAAACAUUUAGCUAUGUAUGCACUUAAUUAAUAGCUAAUUUCAAAACUGGAAACGGCUAAAUGCCCUCUGUGGACAUAAUUUCUGUUGAGAAAUGGUACAUACAAAUGCAACACUUGCCAUGUUUACUAUGUUUACUGAAUGCCUGCUGUGUGUUAGUGAAAAGGUAAGAGACAUAGUGUAGGCAUAGGACGAGUCCAGCUUUGUAAUGUUUGUAUGUAGAGGACAGUAUGUUAACAUGUAUGUAAAGGAAGAAGACAUUGUUAAUGGAUAACUCCAUGUCCCAGUUCUCGUGUACUUAAAUUUUUCCAGUCUUCUGCAGUGAUCAUACUAUGUACAUUAUUUAAAGAGAGUUUUGCCAGAUAUAGUGGCUCACACUUAGAAGGAAUCAGAGGCAGUCUGAGUUCAAGGGCUAGCCUGUUCUACAUAGCAAGUUCAGGCCAGCCAGAGCUUGUUUCAAAAUAACAAAAAUGUGAGCUCUUAAAUUUUUCUAGCAACUGUCUGAUUUAAAAUCCUCUAAAAAUGCAGCAAACUGGAUGUGGCAUCUCAUGUCUGUAGUCUGAGUACUUGAGAAGAGAAGGCAGGAGUAUCAAAAGUUUGAGAUUAUCCUCAGGUACAGGUUUAAGUCCAGCCUAGGCUACAUAAGAUAGCAAUAGCAAGGCAAUAUAUGAUUUUUAAAAAAUACUUUCAAGUGCAUAUGAAUCCUGGAAAAACAUUAAGUACCUCAAGUUUGUCUUGCAGAAAAUCAAAUACAAAUCUUAAAGUGUCUAUAAUUCAUGUUUCAGUAAGAGGGUUCCUCAACUUUAGCUCUCAAAAAAGUACACAUGGUUGAAAAGAUCCAAAAUAUAAGAAAAUAGUGUCUCUGUCCUGGCAUCUACCAUUCCCCAAGAUAACCUCUAUUAAUAAUUUCUAAUGUAAUUUUCAGAAAAUUUUAUGCAUAAGCAAAUAUGUAAUCUUUAUUUUUAAAUAAAUGGGAUCAUAUUGUAUGU